AUGGCGGAGCCUGCGGUGGUCUUCCCGUGCCGGACCUGGCCCUUGAAGACCCUCACGGAGGAGCAGUACAGUGCUUGGGAGCAGAAUGGCUACCUGGUGGUGCCUGACGUAAUUUCCCCGACGCUCUGCCGACGCACGGCGGACGCUAUCUAUGCCUUUGUGGGAGCCACACGUGAUGAGCGAGAAAGCUGGUACCGCAACACGCUGGACAUUUACACCGACACCCUGCCAGAUGGAAAGAAGCCGCAUCACGGGCCAUGUGGCAUGGUGCAGAUGUCACACCACGAGACCCUCUGGGCGAUCCGACAGGAGCCUCGCGUGCACGGAGUCUUCGCCGACCUUUACGGCACGGAGGCCUUGUACGUGACCACGGACCGCGCCCACUUCAAGGCGCCCGAGGAUCCAGCGUUUCCCGCCUGGUCGGAUCCUGGUGAGGUGCACCGAAAUCUCCACUGGGACAUUGAAACCUCGGAGGCGCAGUGGCCGGUACCCUUUGCCAUCCAGGGCAUCGUUUACCUGGAGGAUACGCCUCCCGAACUUGGAUCCCUGCGAGUGGUGCCAGGUUUUCACCACCGCCUGGGAGAAUGGUCCAAGUCCUUUGGAGAACGCAGUGGAAGAGAGUGCCCGCUGGAACUCAUCGAUGAGGCCAUCCACGUGCCAGGCUCCGCGGGUUCUUUGGUCUUGUGGCUCUCGGUGCUUCCGCAUGGACCCAGCCGCAACAUUGGAAGAGUUCCCCGCGUCUCUGCAUAUGUGGCGAUGUUGCCUGUGGAUGCCGCAAAGUACACUGGUGGCGAUCCAGAGAUGGCUUUGAGCAUGGCCGAUGCUGGUCUACCUGUCAUGAUAUGCCGAUGCCCUCGUGCUGAAAGCACCACCUCUGAAGCCUUGGGCUCCGGAUCUGGUCACCAAAGGCUCGGGCUUCCAUUCCUUCUGGUGAUUCUUUGGGACCGCUGGCAGCGGGCGAGGUCCCGCUUCCUGGGUUCCUCGCGUCCCGCCACCUGCCGUGGCUCUGCGCUACGUUGGAGCUGCUGCCUGUGGACGCCGACCUCCUUGGCGGCGGAGUAUGGGACCCUGGAGGUCUCCGUGAGCCACGGCAUCGAAGAGACCACGGGCCGCACGGUGAAGUCCGCGAUGCCUCUGGCGAGCUUCGCGCAGAUGCUGGCGGCAGAGGGCUCCACACCCUAUUUGAAGCAGCUGGACCUGGAAGUGGCAAUGCCCUUGGAGCAGCAGCGGCACCUGCGCGAGUUGCAGACGCUGGAGGUGGCCUUGACAUGGUGGGGGACGAGCGUUCGAACUUACUUAUGGAUGGGUUCUGCUGGAUGCAUCACUGGCCUGCACAACGAUGAUGAAGACAACUUCUUGGUGCAGUGCCAGGGGACGAAGCGCGUGUGUUUAUUCCCACCUGAGGGCCACGGCCAGCUCUACGUCAACACGAAAUACGACAGCGGCACCCGCUGUUGCGACGUGGACGUCUUCAACCCCGUGCCUUGGUGCAAGGACGGAACGACCCAGUCUGAGCCAGUUGGUAUAACCGGUGGUUUCAAACAUUAA